AUGCGUGGCUCUGCGUCCGCGCUCUCUCUCUCUUCCCUCUGGCGCUGGUCAGGGCAGCAAGGGAGCGGCAGGAGGGGCAGCAGCGGGGUUUGGUCGCCUCAAGGGGCGUAUGAGAUGCAGGGGGACGGCAGCACGGGCAGCACUUGCAGCGAGGGGAGCGGGCGUGGCGGAUUCAGCUGGGGGAGAGGAGGCUUCUCAGUGUGGGAGGAGGAGGAAAUGGGGGUCGAACGGAGAGAAAGGGGAGGAAAUGCGUUGGAAUCACAGAAAGAGGAGACACCUGCGGCAGCACCAGGUACUGGCGCCGCGGGACGUGUGGAACCAAAUUCGACUGACAUGGCUGCUGCUGCCGCUGCCUGUGCAGCUGUUGCUGAUGGUAAUGCUGCUCCCGGCACUGCCCCCUCCACGUAUGGAGAACCUCCUGUUGCUACUGCUGCAGGCACAGCAGCGUCCUCCACAAUAAACACCCUGGUGGGUGACGGGGUAGUGGAUACCAGACAGGGCCGUGUGGGCGAUGUAGGUGUAGCGCCGGCAGGAGCUGUGGUGGGCGGGGGGCGUAGCAUCACCAGCAGCAGCUGUGCAACAGCGCGGGCAGAGUUCCGGUGGGAAGUGAUGGCGAUGGUGUCGUGUGGGCAGCGGUGCCCGCAGCUGCUGCGCUUCUACGGCGUGUGUGUGGAUGUGCGGCGCCGCAUGUGCAUCGUCACCAAGCUCAUGCUGGGCGGCACUCUGCACGACCUGCUGAGGAGGCGCAACGGCGUGGGCCUGCCGCUGCCGCUGCUGCUGCGAGUGGCGAUGGACAUUGCGUUGGGGAUGCGCUUCCUGCACCGCCAUGGGAUCAUUCACCGUCCUACAACCAACCCUGCUAUCUUCCACUCCCCUUUCUCCAGCGACCUCAAGACGGCCAAUGUGUUACUGGACGAGCAAGGCCGGGCAGUGGUGGGGGACUUUGGAGUGGUGCGGCUGGUGGGAGACGGAGCGGAGAUGACCAAUUUCGGGAUUGUUCUAUGGGAGCUGCUGACUGUGCGGUUACCCUACGAGAGUUACUCGCCGCUGCAGGCUGCAGUGGCGAUGGCGCUGAAUGGGCUGCGGCCGGCGAUACCAGCGGGGUGCCCUGAGGGGCUCAGGCGGCUGAUUGAGACGUGCUGGGCCAGGGACCCUGCAGAGAGGCCUGACUCAGAGGAUGUGGUACGCGUGGUGCGAGGAUUGAGGUAG